AUGUCUGAACGUUCCGAAGCAUCCAACUACACCUGGCUGAAAUAUCUGUGUGAUCUCGACCUUGGCCGCGAGCUUGCCGUCCAAAAUUCCAGUGGCAUUGUUCGCGUUGCUGUUCUUUCUUGCAUGAAACAGCACAAAUCAACCCGCGAGCAUUUUGCAAAGCUCCGAAUGCUGGACCCACAGCCGCGAGGAAUUGAAAGAGUGCUUGCUGCGGUGAAUCGCUCUGCGUCCUCAAACAAGAUCAAGACUCUCUCAAAUGUCUUCCGGAAUGAAGUACAGGAUCAGGUUGUGGUCUCCGGGAUCUCAAAGAUUAGAGAAGUGCUUGCUGUGAUAGGAACAUCAACAUUCUCAUGGCCGUUCGUCGCUAGUACUGAGUCCGACUUCACACGAUGCCUAAACGCUGCGUAUACAACCUAUGCACCCGUCCUUGCAACUUAUGUUCCAUUUGGAAACGCUGGUAAUGGCACGGCUUGGGAGAAUGGUAAUGGGAGAUUGGGCAUAGAGGAUAUCGCCGGAAUAAAUCUCGCAGGGACCGCGGGAGUUGUGACUGAGUCGACGCCUGUCAAACCCCCGAAAGGUUCUUCCAAGCGUCGAGCGACUAUGGACUACCUAAACGACCUCCUUGCCCUUCCAAAGCCGAUUGUGGACGCUUUUCAAUUCUUUGCAGAGCCGCGGGCAUUCGCAUUUGCUCAUCUCACACCCACGGUGUCGGGGAUUCAUACUUCGGUGGGAUUGGAAAAUGGGGGUUGA